UUUAGUAAACAUGUCGGAUCCUCACCGGGUGAAGGAAAUAUCAGAGGAACCGCCAAUGUCGAGGCUUUUUAUUAUUUGCGGCAAACAGAUCACGAAGGAACAGCUGAUAAAGCAUUUCGAAACGGACGGAUUGAUUGAAGAGUGUGUUGUAAUAACGGACCGUAAAACUGGCCAAGGAAAAGGCGUUGCUUACGUAAAGUUCUCGAAAACAUCUUCUGCUGCCCGGGGGCUUUUAAAAAACGGUUCCAUCGUGGAGGGUGAUAGACGCCCCAUAAAAGUGAUGAUAUCUGCUAGCUACAAUCGUGGUAAACAUAGCGAUACAUCUGCUGACGUAAAUGAAAACCAUUUCCUACGCUUGUUUGCCAUCGUACCGAGCAAUCGUACGGAGGAGCAACUGAAGGACGAGUUCGGGUGCCACGGGACGGUAACACAGAUUCGCCUGGUAGCGGACAAAAAGAAUGACAAACAGUGUGCGGCGUACAUCAAGUUCAACACCUUCCUUGAAACGGCACUGGCAAUCGAAAAUUGCAACCCGCAGUACAAGGCAAAGUUUUGCGUGCCUCGCAAACACGAACGGGAACAGAAAGGACAACCCACAAAAGCAGAUCCGAUCAGCAGAAAGCGAACACAUUCGCCCGAUCGAUUACCGGCAGUCCGGAGUGACACGAAGCUGGUCGUGAUCUGUAGCAGUCAGCUGAAUCAGGAUCGAUUGUGGCGUUUGUUUGACAUAUGUCCCGGAAUGAAGUACUGCAACAUCAUUACCGCGAAUGAAAUAAAUAUAACAGCCGCAGCCGUAUAUUCGAGCCGUGACGAAGCCCAACGAGCGGUUGAUAAAAUACACGGCUUGGAAUACCCAAUCGGAGAAAGGAUAAUCGUGCAAUUUGAAGACGAGUUCAAGGAAGAAAUCAUUACCAAAGAUGCAUUAUCACACUUCGGUCCACCGAAACCGCUGGUAUCGGAACUGGUGCCAUGCGUAAGGAAAGCUUUUUUCAUCUGCAUUCCCGAGCCGGUCUCGUUGAAACUGCUCACGGAUGCGUUCUGUCGGUUCGGCGAUCUUAUUAAAGUUUAUUUCGUGCCGGGAAAACGGCACGGUUACGCAGAGUUUGCCAGCGUAAUUUCCGCAAACCGCGCUAUUCAGCAGCUGCACGGCAUACAGCUGGGCGAAUGUCAGCUGAAGGUGCUGGAAUGUGCCGAAUACACGGGAGAAAGCAAGCGAAAUAGGAUGGAAAAUUAAAACAUAGGGCAACUAUUAUCCACACGGGUGAGCUGUAUUCAAUGGUCACAUUUUUUUAGGACACUGUUUUGUUUCUUUGUUGUUUUCUGUUCUUUUCAGAUAUUUUAUCUUUUUUUGUAAAAAAAAGUAUAAAAGUGUUUGUAGCGGAUCGUGCACUACUGGCUCCAAUGGUUGACUGGUAGAAACGUACCAUAACUAAUCGUUACCAUUCUUUGCAGGUAUGUAAUCAUGAUGUUUUUAACCAGAACUGUAUUACUGUAUUUGGAGAAUGCACAACACUAAACGGACUAAACCUAGUAAGAAAUGCUCUCGGGACGGACAGAACAAUAUAACACGUUGAAUUAGAAACAUUGAAUUGCACGUCGAUUGAAUUCUGUGACCUUUUUCAUACUGAGAUAAAACCCCAAACUUCCAACACCAAUACAAUUGGUGCCUAUCCACAGUAGAAGGAUGAAAAGCUUUAAAAAUGAAUGCAUCUACGGACGGACAAUGCGGAUGUUUGCCGCAGAAAUUGUAGGA